AGUUUCUUCACUUGGCGCUUGUAUUUCAUUGCUAGGAAUUUUAAACACUUCGGUGCCAUUGAUUCCGAAAGGUGGAAGAAGACCAGAAUAAACAGUUGGAACUUCAAAAUCGUUUGGAUUGAUUGUUGUUAUCUCUUCACCCCAUCGAAGUGGAAUAGCUUGAGUAUCAGCUAAUGAUGUUGGAUAAGGGUCAUUAAUCGGAAAAUAAUUUGUUCCAUCAUUUUCCUUGCUCGAUUCAUCAUUUUCAAAGUCAAUAUUAAAUCGCGAUGCUGGUUUCAAUUCACCAUUAAUUUCAUCAGCUGG